CAAUCCAAUCAAUUCUGCUCCGCCGCGCUCUCCGUCCCCAACCACCCCUCCAACAUCUCCUUCGCCACCUUCUCCAACUACGAGAAGCUAGGUCGGAUUUUGCCGACUGCACCCGGAUCAUCAACAACCAGGCCCGAUCCGGAUCCAAGCAUGGCGGAGGCUACCACCCGUCCGACUCCGCCUUCAAUUUCUCCGGUGAAUGAUUCUGGGCCUUCUCUAAGUUUGAAGACCCAAAACCGUGGCACAGCAACAUUCCCAAACAACCAAACGCAGCCGUCAGCCGGAGGAUUUCUGCAGAAGGACACGGAAGAAGCCCCGGCCGGGCUCUUUCAGGGCCGUAGGCCUGGUGGGUCCGCCGUGAGAGACAGGUCCGCAUACGGCGAGAUGCUGAUCGGAAGGAAAAAUUCGGUCGCCGGGUUCUUGAAAAAUGCAGUGGGGAUGCAGGAGGAGAAGGGUGGCGAUAUGAUGGAAAAAACUCCGACGAGCUUGGGUUGGAUUGCGACGGCCGCCGUCGAUUUAUUGGGAUUAACGGUGGACAAUCAUAUAUGUUGA